AUGAUCCUAGAAGCGCUGCGAGCUGGCGCGGUGUCCGCUGGGACGCUGCUCCGUCUGCGCGAGCUCGGAGUGUGUAUGCGCUGCUGCAUGCGGUUCGCUUACAUUGAGGACUUGGCCGCCUAUGCAGAAUCGGACGAAAAGAUAUUGCAGGCCGUGCAAGAUUUUUCCACGGAAAGCGGCGUGGUGGUCGUCGAUCCGCAGCAAGUGUCGGGUUGUACGUGCUGUCUAGGCAUCUUGAAUGCACCGCUCGUAGAACAGGUGCUGGCUGACGUGCAGCAGUUGGCGGAGAAAGGAGACUACGACGUUAGGGAUUUCGCACUCAACAUAAAACUACCCGGUGUGGUGCUGUUGCGCGAGUACUCGCUAUUGCGCUUUAUACACCCAGACACAAAAAAGUGUGCACGGAAAACACCGUUUGAUCUUAAAGAUGUGCUGAAGUCUUUACUAGCGCCAUCCAUUUCACGGAUACUAGCGAAUGCCGAGUGCGUUACAACCGGUAAAUUUGCAGUCUUGCUUGACAUAAAGCACGAUGAGUCCGUUGAUGAAGUGCGCCAGAUCCCGGCGAUCAAGAAACAACUAGAAGGGUCGCGGAAACGCGGUCGUGGUCCACUUCCUGUAUUUGAUGGUUUUGGUGCAGUAUCCCGCGCUCUCGCUGCACUUCAAACGAUGCCUGAGACUAUCAAGAGUCCACCGACUCGACUCACGACUACACCGCACGCUGUGAUUACGUUUGAGCGCGACCCGGUGUACAUGCAGGGGCGAUACCUAAAGUUUCAGCGCGGACUGAGCCAGACACCGUGGGUGUUGGAUGGCGAGCGAUUGGGUGAGUCCUCUGUAGAAGAGUGCAUUGGCGAGAUCGCGCUGCCCUUUUUUCGGGGCUCAAGCUACAAGUUCCACACAGCUGGUCGCGAAGAUGUUGACGUGCGUAUGCUAGGAAAUGGGAGGCCAUUUAUUUUGGAGAUUUUAGACGCCAAGAAAGCGUACCUGGAGCAGUUUGAAUACGACCAUAUACAAAAGGUAGUAAACGAUGCGAAUCGAGGUGCUGUUGAGAUUGUCCAAGCCAAGAGCUCUACCAAGGACUAUUUUGCGGGACUUCAAGCUGGCGCAGACUCGAAGAUGAAAACCUACUGUUGUGUCGUGUGGUCGGAAAAUGCGUUAACACCCGAUGCUAUUGCGAGCAUCAAUGCCAUCCACGAUCUCACGAUCGAGCAACAGACUCCUGUCCGCGUACUGCAUCGCCGAACGCAAAUGACUCGGCCGAAGACGAUUCAUUCUGCCAAGUGCGAGGUGCUAAACAAGCACUACAUGUUGUUGCGCCUCUCAACUUCUGCGGGAACGUACGUCAAGGAGUUUGUGCACGGCGACCGUGGCCGCACCACUCCCAACGUCGCAUCCAUGCUGGGCUGCGACGCUGACAUUAUACAACUCGAUGUCGAAUCCCUUAUUGACGCUCAGUAG